UUAAAUUAUUAGAUUAUUACCAUCGGAGACGUACUUUACGAAUUAAUUAAGUAUUUUAUCGUUAGAUAGCGUUGUCGUUCACAAAUCUUUAGUUCUGCUUCCUGUGUUAUUACUGGCGCUACAAUUUCAUUCCGUUAAGUUCCUGAUAACAUUCUUCGUAACAAAAAUGGUAAGCAACAUGGACGAAAAGUAUUUAAUAGUUGUUAAAUCUAUGAUACGACUCGUUAGCGUUAAAAGAUAAUGCGAUAUCGUAGUAGACGAAAAAUAUACGUUUAGUAUACUAUCGAGGUGUCGUUACGUCGUUAUAUUGAUAAGAAACAAACAAAACCAUUUUUUCUACACAAUGGCGAAUGAUCGAGAAGUUUUAAGGGAAAUUUGGGAUGGUAAAAUUCCCGUUUGUUUUACGCUCGAUACCGAGGAAACGUGCGAAUUACAAGGUCCUGAUCCGUUUUAUCUUAUGGUACCUAAAUUAAGUUAUUUUCCAGUGUGCACAGAAAAGGUGAGAAAACAUUUUAUAAAACAUAUAGAAAGCGAUAGCAAACAGGAUCACGAAAUGUGGUUAGAAUUUAAUGGAAUUCCAUUAAAGUGGCACUAUCCUAUUGGUGUAUUAUUAGAUAUAUAUUCUAAUGAUAUUCAAUUACCAUGGAAUAUCGUUGUUCACUUUGAUAAAUUCCCAGAAAACGUUUUAAUGCAUUGUCAGAACAAAGAAGUAGUAGAAUCACAUUUUCUUGCUUGCGUUAAAGAGGCAGACGUUUUAAAACAUAGAGGACAGAUUGUAUCGGCUAUGCAAAAAAAGGAACAUAGCAGUUUAUGGAAUGGAUUAAUUACGGACAAAUUCGAUCAAUUUUGGUCUAUUAAUCGAAGAUUAAUGGAAGCAGCUAAUAGCGAAGAAGGAUUCAAGUAUAUUCCUUUCCGAUGUUACACAAGCGAAGAUAAAUAUAUUCAAAAACUUGUUAAACCGGUGAAUGAAGAAGGCCAAAGGAAAACAUUGAAGCAUUUAUUGAACGAAGUAUUUCCAGAUCAAGAAAAUGUUGAAGUGCGUACUCAUGGAAUUAUACCACCACCAGAGACACCAUUGCAAUGGAUGUCAGAACAUUUAAGCUAUCCUGAUAAUUUUCUUCAUUUAGUUGUGACUUCCUCAUAACCUACAUUGAGGGGAUGUGAUAAACUUUAAUUUUAGUGUUAUUAUUUAAUGUUGCUAGUGAUUAUUUAUGAGAGAUUCUUGUAUCAUGGAUCAUCUGUAUACAAAUUAUAUUUUAUUUUUUAUUUAUUUUCCAAUGAUGUCAGAUGGCACAUUUUGUUUCUUAUUAUAAGUAAUACAAGUGUACCGCUUUGGUUUUGUACAUGUCUGUAUAAGAAAAGCAAGGAAAAAAUAUUUAUGGAAAUUAGCCGCUAAUAAUAAAAUAGAUUUUAAUAUGGAUCAACUGCUCCUGUCGAUUAAAUCGAUCGUGUUUCGAGUAUAAAAAUGUCCGUGCAUUAUGUAAUACGUAAAAUUGUUUGUAAAUAAUUUAAAAAAUGUUUGACAUUGAAAUUUGAAAAACUGAAUAUAUAUUAAUUUAUUAUGUACGUAUAAAGGAAGUGUCAUAUAAUAUUUACGAAUAUAUUUAUUGAAUUAUUUUUAACAUGAUUUAAGCUAUAGUACAAUUCUCAUGAGGCUUACGAUACAUUCUCAAUAUCCGCAACGGCAAGGGAUCAUUUACGUCCGAAACUUCGAGAGGUCUACGUAUUAUUACCGGUUGAUUUCCAUAAUUGCUAUACUCCAUAGUCCUACGACUUGGUCCAAAACUCAAAUAGUUCACCUCUUUCUUGUUCUGUUGUUCCUGUAAUAAAAAGUAAAGGUAAGCAGCUAGAAUUCGUUUAUUUAGUAUCGAAAUAAUGUAAGAUACGAAAUGACUCAUCACGCCAAGCUUAUGAAUUACUUUAAAUAUAACUAAUGCCGUAUCCUGA